AUCGCUAUGUGCUCGGCUGUUCACAUCGCGCAGUACCCAACAGAGCCCCAAAAUAAUUAACUUUUGUGCAAAUUUUCAUUAUUAAACGACCAAAUAUCUAAAAUUUGUGUGCCAAAUUUAAAAAAUGUGCUGCUGAAAUAUUGUGUGUUUUUUUUUUCAACUACGUAACAAAAGCAAUUCUCUUAUUCGAUGGCUACCUCUCCCUUUCCAGUUUGUAUAGGAAAUAAACAAAUAUCCAAUUGGAAUAUAGUGUUUACACCAACACAAUAAAUGCGACACACUUGUGCGGGCGCAAAGUGUAAAGCGAAACCGAGAAAACCAGCAGCUCAGCAACAACAACAAUAACACCAGUCAGCGAGAACAAGUCGCUCAAAGUUUGGUAUCAUUCUGCCCAGCACAGACGACGACGACGACGACACAGAUGGCAACAGCAGGGCGUUCCUUGGAUACGAUCUCGCUGUGCUCCACCGUAUCCAGUUGUCCGGAUCGCAAUGGCUUCUAUGGCGGAUUUCAACGCACCGACAAGCCCAAGGAGCCGCUCUCCAAGGCACAAAUCAUAGCUCGCGAAAAGAAAUGGCUCUAUAUGACAGACAAUUGGUCCAUCUACAUGUCCAAGAACUACAAAAAGAUACGCGACAGAUGUCGCAAGGGCAUACCCAAGUCGGUGCGUCCCAAAGCCUGGUUCUAUUUAUCUGGUGCUUAUUUGCUAAAGAAAAAGAAUCCCGAUGUCUACGAGGAGCUGCUGAAGAAGCCCGGCAAUCCCACAACCAUUGAGGAAAUCAAAAAGGACAAACAUCGUCAGUUUCCGUUUCACGAAAUGUUUCUCGACGAGCAGAAGGUGGGCCAAAUCGAGCUAUUCAAUGUGCUCAAGGCCUAUUCAAUAUAUAAUCCCAAAGUGGGCUUCUGCCAAGCGCAAGCACCAAUAGCCGCAUUUCUAUUGAUGCACUUGCCGGCAGAGGAUGCCUUCUGGGUGUUCGUCAGCGUAUGUGAUGUCUACUUGCAAGACUAUUUUAUACCUGGCCUCGAGGUGAUACAAAACGAUGCGGGCAUCUUGGAGGGCCUGCUGAAGAAAACCUGCCCGCCCGUCUACCGUCAUCUUCAGAAGCACAAAGUGGAGCCGCUGCUUUAUAUGACCGAUUGGUUUCUGUGCGCCAUGACGCGCACGCUGCCAUGGGAGACGCUGUUGCGCGUCUGGGAUUGCUUUUUGGCCGAGGGAAUACGUGUUAUUUUCAAGGUGGCACUGGUCAUCAUUGGUGCUUCGCUCAGUAGGCACAAGGUGCGCAAAACUUGUACGGGCUUAUGUGAAACAUUGGCUGUGCUGCGCUCUCCGCCCGAGCAUAUUAUGGAGGAGGAGUUCAUUAUCAACAACAUGAUGAGGCUCAAUUUGCGUGUGGAGGAUUUUCAAAUUGAGCAUACGCGCCAGAAGGUGCGACGUGCCAAGCAAAAAGCCCAACAGGAUGGGUUAAAUGGUGGCCCAGAUUCCAGCACCAGCAAUGGUAGGCGCAACAUGCCCACACUGUGAGGUUGCACAACAAUAAACACAAAUUUAUUUGUGUUUAUUUAUUUAAUACUACAACUACUACUACUACUACUACGUGAAACACCAACAACUUGUUACUAAACACACACACAAACACAAACAUAACAUAAGUUUUAUAUAUAUAUAUUCGUAUAUACAAACAGAAAAUAAUGUAAUGUCGAAUAGUGGAGCGAGCGUGCACAAAGGAGAACGGAACUGAAACUUGUAAUCCUCGAAACGAUACGAAAAACAAAAAAAAAAAAAACUGUUUAAAAGAACAGUCAGAAUUAUCAGCUAAUUUUCAUUCCAUGCGCAUACGAAAUGUAUUUGGCAAACCGAUUUGUUUAAUAUUGCAUAAGUGAAAACAUUGUUCUAAUUUUUAUUUUAUUUAUAUGGUUGCAAUUAUUAUGUGCGUGCAAUUUGUUUAUGCUUUUCAAAAGUAUUUAUUAUUAUUUAUUAUAUUACAUUAUAACAACAUAUAUUAUAGUUUUAACGUUCUUUAAACCACAUACAUAAUAUGUGUGUAUUACAUAUCGUAUUAUUAUCGUAUUGAAUCGAUUACGACAACAUAGAAGUACAUUAUAUUGGCAGCUGCAAUGUUUCUAUAUAGCUCAAACAUGCAUUCUCGAUCUGUAUCAUAUAUACAUACAUAUAUUAAUGUAAUCUUAAGGUGUUCUUUUCUCAUUUUGAUUCGCUUUUACUAAACCACCUCAAACAAUGAAAUUCAAUUCAAAUAUGUCGUUGAUAUAUACAUACAUACUUUUAAAUUGAAAACAUUUGUGUUAUCCAAAAAUAUUGUGGGGGCGUUCUUGGGGGUCCUUAGGCGACAUUAAUAAUAAAAAUGAAAACACCAUUACUAAUAAAAAUACAAAUCUUCGAUUUUAUAGAUGAACACA